CUCCCAUAUCGCCGAUUAUGAUGUACUUGAAGAUAUACGAAUAAUUAUACGGUCCGGCCGACAUGAUGAAUACUGGAAAAGAGGGAAGAGAGGAAGAGGAAAGGUUUGAUCGAAACCAUCGUAAAGCUUUCGUGAUACAUUACUGAUGAAGCUCAUAUUGAGGGGACUUUUUGAGCAAAUUCAACCUUGGCCAAUUUUAAAAGGCGAUCGCGUUCAAACGCCUGUUUCUGUCAAAGUUGUUGUGAACGCUCCAGCAGGAAAACCGCCUAAUCGUUUUGCUAGCAAAAUCGGAAGCUUAUUUUGUUAAUAAUUUCAAUCGUUCUGCAAAUAAGUGUUAUCCGACGCUAUGGAAUCCACCCACAACAGUGCUAAAAUAUACUUACUUCAAGAGGAUCGCGAGAAAAGCUUUAAACAUUGGCCAUUUUCCGAUGAUAAACAAUGCAGCAUACAGAAGAUGGCUGAGGCCGGCUUCUAUUGGCACGGGACGGAGACAGAGAUAGACAUAGCGGCUUGCUUCGUGUGUGGCAAAGAGCUGGACGGUUGGGAAGAGUCGGACGAUCCGUGGAGCGAACACCGGAAGCAUGCACCACAGUGUCCGUUUGUGAAAUUUGGCCGCCCAGAGACGCAUCUAACGUGCGAUGAAUUUGUCACUAUUAUGAUGGCCACGGUGAAGACGCGAUAUGUCAACAACUACACCACCCUCAAGACCAACGGCAAGCUGCUGAUAGAGAAGAAGCGAAAGGAAAUGGAGAAACUGUUACGCACCAACUAGUAUUAAGCUGCAUAUUAGAGAAAUACAUCGAACCAUGUAAAACAAUCAUCCUGCUUAACAACGCGUGGUAACACCAGCCGUACGGAGGAGUUUUGUGAGAAAAAGCUAUUUUGGAGCAGCCAACGUACUGGUAAAUAGCAUCAUUUUGAACUACGAUAGACGUGAUAUGGGUUUUAUUGUUCAUAUAGAAUGGGGUAUUGGAGUAUUAAGAUGCAUUUUUCAUCAAUUACCAGCAUAAAUGUGCAUUCGGAUAGGACGGGCAGAUAUUCUUGAUGCAAAAUUUGUUUCAGCCAUCGCGCACCAACAGUUAAUAGUUCAUGUACAAUACUGUAUACACUUUCUAGACUCAGCAUAUGCUCAUCAUGGAGUGUCUUAGUUUAGAAAGGAUUCCAUUUUCCAUCAAGUGAUGAGACGGAAGUUGGUUUGGUGCCCCCAAGUACACCAAUGUAUUAAUUUAAUAAAAUACAAAAUAGCCACGAA